AUGCGAGUAAAACAUCUGGCAGACUGUGUACUCCACAGUAUCGGCGCCCCCGCCAAUGCUCCUGGACCCCCAUUAGGCAGGAAAACUAAUCCGUUCGAGCUCUUCUUCGUCGUAGUGGUGCUCUGGCCGUGCAGAGAGACAACGCCAGAGGUCCUCCGUGUUUGGGGGAGGCAUUCGUAA